AACGUUGCAUUGCUCCCAGCGCUAAGCCGAUUCACAGGACAUCUCAUUGUAUCACCCUGAAGGUCAUCCGUUUGGCUGGCGUUAUGUGCUUGAUUUUACCGAGGACAAAAUGAGGAACCAGCAGGAUUGGCCAGCGAAUACCAAGCAGCGUCAAAAGCAGAAGGAGCAAGAAUCUCAACAACAAGAGAAGAAACAGCAACAAAAGGAGGACGCAAGUGGUAGCACCGAAAACCCUCACGAUGAUGGAAAAGACAAGACUAACGAUCGUGUCGGACGGAAAGACCACGACGAAGACGGAGCAGACAAUCGAAGCGAAUACGACAAGCUUCGUAGCAAGUACACGCCAGAGCAAAUCGCCCUUCUGCGUGCGCUUCGGCAUGAAAAAGAAUAUAGGUUCAAUCUCGAGACCAAUGACGGCACUGGCCAUUUGGGCAUCAAGCACGUCCGAACGGAUACCAGCCUUUCAGAGGACGACUCUCCUGGCAUCCUGGCGGAGCUGCCUCGACCCUGAUGCACGCCAGUACGGUUCGUUAUGCUACGUCCGAGGAAUUCUCAAGUGUGCAUGACGAUUACGCCUAUGAGAAGCUGAACGAAUGUGUAUCCGGUAUUGUCACGGAUAAAGCGACUGAGCUGACUCGAUCGACGCAGUAGAGCGAAGACGACAUUGACACAAAGGCUCCCGAA